CUGAUGGAUUACUGAGAUCAUAAUAAUUUUAUGUACAACAUAAUUAUAAUAGCAUGAUAUAAUAAUAUAGCUAGUGUAUAUUACAAGCAUGUACAAGUACGUAUACAAUGCAUAUGCAUGCACUUGUUACAUCCCAUGAAUGACACAUUGAUACCAGGCUGUAUUAAUUUGCUCCAGGGACAUCUUAGUCUCGUAUAACUUUUUUUCAUCUCGUACACAAGGAGAUCCAGAGCAGCAGCUUGGAGCGACUCGUAGCCUGCAUGGCUGGACCAUGCACACUAACAUCAGUGGUACCAGACCUAGAGUCCAACACCAAGGAUACACCACCACCACCACCACCACCGACCCAACCUCCUAUUACCACGGCAACAGAGGAGGUCAGCGAGGAGUGAGGAGACGCUGUGAUGGUGUACGAUAGCUCAUCUGAUUCCAGUGGCAACUCAGACGACCCUGAGGGCCGAAUGUGUUAUCGAGUAUGACCAUUAUGUUCUCAGAUUGUUAUCAGUUACUGUGUACAGCAGAUGACAAGAGCUUCAAGAGUCGUGAGGAUUUCUCCAGUGGUGAUGAGUAUGCCCGCUAUGUGAGAGACUGCAUCAGUAUGGGCAUGAUGGUGCGCUGCUGUGAGGGCUAUAAGGAGGUGCGCCUCGGGGACAUCGGACGUAUCAUGAAGGUUGACAGUGAUGGUCUCCAAGACCUGAAUGUGCAGGCCAACUGGCAGCAGAAGGGUGGCACUUACUGGGUGAGGUUUUGUCACUGCGAGCUGCUGGGGGACAUUGAAGCGCCCGAAGUGCUCUCCUUCAAACCAGGGGACAAGGUUCGCGGCAAGAGAGCCGUCAUCACUCCAAAAGUGUGGGUGUGGUCUGCUCCAUUAACUGGAAUGGCACUGACGUGUGUGUGGACUUCCCAGAACAGAAUAACUGAACUGGACUCAUCUCAGAAAUGGAGCUAGUGCCAGGGAUACACCCAAGACACAGAUGACAAGAGCUUCAAGAGUCGUAAGGAUUUCUCCAGUGAGUAUGCCCGCUAUGUGAGAGACAGUAUCAGUAUGGGCAUGAUGGUGCGCUGCUGUGAGGGCUAUGAGGAGGUGCGCCUCGGGGAUAUCAGCCGUGUCAUGAGAAGCUCACUCCUAGCCCCCUCAUCAAAGUUGACAGUGAUGGCCUCCAAGACCUGAAUGUGCAGGCCAACUGGCAGCAGAAGGGUGGCACUUACUGGGUGAGGUUUUGUCACUGCGAGCUGCUGGGGGACAUUGAAGCGCCCGGAGUGCUCUCCUUCAAACCAGGGGACAAGGUUCGCGUCAAGAGAGCCGUCAUCACUCCAAAAGUGUGGGUGUGGUCUGCUCCAUUAACUGGAAUGGCACUGACGUGUGUGUGGACUUCCCAGAACAGAAUAACUGAACUGGACUCAUCUCAGAAAUGGAGCUAGUGCCAGGGAUACACCCAAGACACAGCAGAUGAUAAGAGCUUCAAGAGUCGUAAGGAUUUCUCCAGUGAGUAUGCCCGCUGUGUGAGAGACAGUAUCAGUAUGGGCAUGAUGGUGCGCUGCUGUGAGGGCUAUGAGGAGGUGCGCCUCGGGGAUAUCAGCCGUGUCAUGAGAAGCUCACUCCUAGCCCCCUCAUCAAAGUUGACAGUGAUGGCCUCCAAUACCUGAAUGUGCAGGCCAACUGGCAGCAGAAGGGUGGCACUUACUGGGUGAGGUUUUGUCACUGCGAGCUGCUGGGGGACAUUGAAGCGCCCGGAGUGCUCUCCUUCAAACCAGGGGACAAGGUUCGCGGCAAGAGAGCCGUCAUCACUCCAAAAGUGUGGGUGUGGUCUGCUCCAUUAACUGGAAUGGCACUGACGUGUGUGUGGACUUCCCAGAACAGAAUAACUGAACUGGACUCAUCUCAGAAAUGGAGCUAGUGCCAGGGAUACACCCAAGACACAGGACAAAUACCACCCCCCUGACUACUACCUGCCCGAGUCCUACACUUGCUUCUUCCACCUCAAGAUCCCACGCUACUCAUGCAAACCAGUGCUGGAGGAGAAGCUUCGCUAUGCCAUCAACUUCUGCAAGUCUAUAGACACGGAUGAUUACGCUAGAGUGGGGCUACAAGAGGGACUGGGCUUCAUGGGGGACGAAGAUGAUGAUACAGUUGCCGAGGAAUCAUAAACUAACUGUACCAUAGCUUGUUUGUGUGUGUGUGUGUGUGUUGUGUUCACAUCAUCAAGCUAAGACUCUGUUAACCCAUCCCAUCGGUGUCUUUUGUAAUUGUAUGCACUUUAAUACAAAGAUGUACACGUAGUAUAAGAUUAACAUUGUGUUUGAAACAUAAA